AGAAGACUUCCUCCAUUUCCUUCCUCUGUCUCAACCUCAUCCCUAUCCUAUCCCCGCCACCCUGCGUGGAUUCUCGGUCUCUUCUAUUGUUGAAACGGUCGUUGGACCAUUUCCCUCUGUACUGGCCGGCGCAAUGCUUCGAUCAUCUCUCCGGCAGAAGAGCAGCCAGCUCCUGAAAGCUGGCUGUUCGGCCAGAUCUCUCUCUACCACAACUUCUCGCGCUUCCUUAAUAUCUUCAAAUGCCUCCUCGACAACCGCCCUCGCCUCUAAACGCCGCACCCUCGCUGUCAUCGCGCAGAAGAGGUAUGCUGCCACAGAGGCGUCGGCUCCAUCUACCAACGACAACUUCCUCUCCGGAAGUACCGCCAACUACAUUGAUGAGAUGUACAUGCAAUGGAAAGAGGACCCAUCCAGCGUGCACGUCUCGUGGCAAGUUUACUUCAGGAAUAUGGAGAGCGGUGAUAUGCCCAUGUCGGAGGCUUUCACUCCUCCUCCAACUCUGGUCCCCACCCCAACCGGAGGCGUACCCAGCUUCUUGCCUGGACCGGGCAUGGCCGCUGGCAAGGGUUCAGAUAUCACAAACCACUUGAAAGUCCAACUUCUGGUUCGUGCAUACCAAGCCCGAGGUCACCACAAGGCCAACAUCGACCCUCUUGGAAUCCGUCGCGAGGCCAAGGAGUUCGGAUUCAACAAACCCAAGGAGCUCGAACUCGAGCAUUACGGAUUUACCGAGAAGGAUCUCGACACAGAAUAUGAGCUCGGCCCUGGUAUCUUGCCUCGUUUCAAGAAGGAGGGCCGCGAGAAGAUGACGCUGCGAGACAUCAUUGCCGCUUGCGAACGCAUCUACUGCGGUUCUUACGGUAUCGAAUACAUCCAUAUUCCAGACAGAGAACAAUGCGACUGGCUUCGUGAGCGUGUUGAGAUUGAGCAACCCUUUAAAUACUCAAUCGAUGAGAAGCGACGGAUCUUGGACCGUCUGAUCUGGAGUUCAAGUUUCGAAGCCUUCUUGGCUACCAAAUACCCCAACGACAAGCGAUUUGGUCUGGAAGGUUGCGAGACUUUGGUACCAGGAAUGAAGGCCCUGAUUGAUCGCAGUGUGGACUAUGGUGUAAAGGAUAUUGUCAUUGGUAUGCCUCAUCGUGGUCGUCUCAACGUUCUCAGUAACGUCGUCCGUAAGCCAAACGAGUCAAUCUUCAGCGAGUUUGCAGGAACAGCCGCAGCUGAAGAUGAGGGAUCUGGCGAUGUCAAAUACCACUUGGGUAUGAACUUUGAGCGACCUACUCCCUCUGGCAAGCGUGUCCAACUUUCGCUGGUUGCCAACCCGUCACAUCUGGAAGCCGAAGACCCUGUCGUGCUGGGAAAGACCAGAGCCAUUCAGCAUUACAACAACGAUGAGAAGACCCACACCACUGCCAUGGGAGUCCUCUUGCACGGUGACGCGGCUUUCGCUGCCCAAGGUGUUGUCUAUGAAUGUCUUGGUUUCCACUCCCUGCCCGCUUACUCUACCGGUGGUACAAUCCACCUGGUUGUCAACAACCAGAUUGGAUUCACGACCGAUCCUCGAUUUGCUCGUUCAACUGCUUACUGUACCGAUAUCGCCAAGGCCAUCGACGCUCCAGUCUUCCAUGUCAAUGCUGACGAUGUCGAGGCUGUCAACUAUGUCUGCCAACUCGCAGCUGAUUGGCGUGCUGAGUUCCAGCGUGAUGUUGUCAUUGAUCUUGUGUGCUACCGAAAACACGGUCACAACGAGACCGACCAACCUUCUUUCACUCAACCUCUGAUGUACAAGCGUAUCCAAGCUCAUGAAUCUCAGCUUGACAUCUACGUGAACCAACUUCUGAAAGACGGCACUUUCACCAAGGAAGACAUUGAGGAGCACCGCAAAUGGGUCUGGGGUAUGCUGGAAGACAGCUUUGCCAAGAGCAAGGACUACACUCCUAGUUCAAAGGAGUGGACCACCUCGGCUUGGAACGGCUUCAAGUCACCAAAGGAGCUUGCAACUGAAGUUCUUCCCCACAACCCGACUGGUGUUCCUGCCCACACUCUGGAACAUAUUGGUACAGUUAUUGGUACCGCACCCGAAGGCUUCAAUGUACACCGCAACUUGAAGCGUAUUCUCGCCAACCGUGUCAAGACUGUACAAGAGGGCAAGAACAUUGACUGGUCCACCGCUGAGGCGCUUGCUUUUGGAUCUCUCGUGACCGAAGGACACCACGUUCGUGUCUCCGGACAGGAUGUCGAGCGUGGAACCUUCUCGCAACGACAUGCUGUUUUCCACGACCAAGAGACUGAGGCUACCUACACGCCAUUGCAGCACAUCAGCAAAGACCAAGGCAAGUUCGUGAUCUCUAACUCCUCAUUGAGUGAGUUUGGUGCUCUUGGAUUCGAGUACGGCUAUUCCCUGUCGUCACCCAACGCGCUAGUUAUGUGGGAGGCUCAGUUUGGUGACUUUGCCAACAACGCCCAAUGUAUCAUCGAUCAGUUCGUUGCUUCAGGUGAGGUCAAGUGGAUGCAAAGAUCCGGUCUUGUCAUGUCAUUACCUCACGGAUAUGAUGGACAAGGACCUGAACAUUCAUCUGGUCGUAUGGAGAGAUAUCUCCAGCUCUCUAACGAGGACCCCCGCGUUUUCCCAUCGCCUGAGAAGCUUGAACGCCAGCACCAAGACUGCAACAUGCAGAUUGCUUACAUGACAACCCCUGCCAACCUGUUCCACAUCUUGAGAAGACAAAUGAACAGGCAAUUCCGAAAGCCCCUCAUCCUUUUCUUCUCCAAAUCUCUCCUACGUCACCCUCUUGCGCGCUCAAACAUUGAGGAGUUCACCGGUGACUCGCAAUUCAAAUGGAUCAUUCCCGAUCCUGAACAUGGCACUACCAUCAACAACCCUGAGGAAAUUGAUCGUGUCAUCCUCUGCUCUGGACAGGUCUGGGCUGCCCUGCACAAGCACCGCGCUGACAAUGGCAUCAAAGACACCGCCAUCACCCGUAUUGAGCAACUCAACCCCUUCCCCUGGCAACAACUGAAGGAGAACCUGGACAUGUACCCCAACGCCAAGACCAUUGUGUGGGCCCAAGAAGAGCCCCUCAAUGCCGGUGCAUGGUCUUUCACUCAACCAAGACUGGAGACAUUGUUGAAUGAGACUGAGCACCACAACCGAAAGCACGUUAUGUAUGCGGGUCGUGACCCAAGUGCAAGUGUGGCGACUGGACUGAAGGCGAACCACAUGAAGGAGGAGGCGCAGUUAUUAGAGACUGCCUUCAAGGUCACGCAGGACAAGUUGAAGGGCGAAUAA